AUGUUUCUGUGUUUCUGAAAUCUCAUCAACUGUGGGAGGGGUCAUAAAAACCUGUUUUUGUUUGUGAACAAAGUCGAGUUCAGAUUCACAGAAAGACCCGAAAAAAAAGAGGAAAUUAAAACGACAAACAUCAACCAGAGUCGCUCUUCUGUCGACAGGACUGAAGCUCCAACUGAGGAGAGAGAGAGGGAGGAGAGAGAGAGGGAGGAGAGAGAGAGAGAGGAGAGAGAGAGGGAGGAGAGAGAGAGGGAGGAGAGAGAGGGAGGAGAGAGAGAGAGAGGAGAGAGAGAGGGAGGAGAGAGAGAGGGAGGAGAGAGAGAGGAAGGAGAGAGAGGGAGGAGAGAGAGAGGGAGGAGAGAGAGGGAGGAGAGAGAGAGAGAGGAGAGAGAGAGGGAGGAGAGAGAGAGGGAGGAGAGAGAGAGGAAGGAGAGAGUGAGGAAGGAGAGAGAGAGGGAGGAGAGAGAGAGGAAGGAGAGAGAGAGGAAGGAGAGAGUGAGGGAGGAGAGAGUGAGGGAGGAGAGAGAGAGGGAGGAGAGAGAGAGAGAGGAGAGAGAGAGAGAGGAGAGAGAGAGGGAGGAGAGAGUGAGGGAGGAGAGAGAGAGGGAGGAGAGAGAGAGAGAGGAGAGAGAGAGGGAGGAGAGAGAGAGGGAGGAGAGAGUGAGGAAGGAGAGAGAGAGGGAGGAGAGAGAGAGGAAGGAGAGAGAGAGGAAGGAGAGAGUGAGGGAGGAGAGAGUGAGGGAGGAGAGAGAGAUGGAGGAGAGAGAGAGAGAGGAGAGAGAGAGGGAGGAGAGAGAGAGGAAGGAGAGAGUGAGGAAGGAGAGAGAGAGGGAGGAGAGAGAGAGGAAGGAGAGAGAGAGGAAGGAGAGAGUGAGGGAGGAGAGAGUGAGGGAGGAGAGAGAGAGAGAGGAGAGAGUGAGGGAGGAGAGAGAGAGGGAGGAGAGAGAGAGGGAGGAGAGAGUGAGGAAGGAGAGAGAGGAAGGAGAGAGAGAGGGAGGAGAGAGAGAGAGAGAAAGGAGAGAGAGAGGAAGGAGAGAGAGAGGGAGGAGAGAGAGAGGAAGGAGAGAGAGAGGGAGGAGAGAGAGAGGAAGGAGAGAGAGAGGGAGGAGAGAGUGA